UCUUCUCGAAGGAUAACUCACGAUCUCUGGUUUUCGAGCUCUAGAGCUCGGCAAUGGCGGACUACCAUUUCGUCUACAAGGACGUCGAGGGUGCCAGCACGCAGUGGGACGAUAUCCAGCGCCGCCUCGGCAAUCUUCCUCCAAACCCUGCUCCUUUCAAGCCUGCCCCUUUCACCCCCUCCGAUGACCCUGACCUUCAACCCAAAUCCAAAUCUUGGAUCGAUGAGCGAUCCCCUGAAGAGCUCGAAGACCUUGAGGACGAUCCUGAGCUUGACGAUGAUCGAUUCCUUGAGGAAUAUCGCAAAAAGAGGCUGGCGGAGAUGCGGGAAGCCGUGAGAGUGGUGAGAUUUGGAUCGGUGGUUCCGAUUUCUGGAUCGGAUUUUGUUCGAGAGGUCUCUCAAGCGCCGGCUGAUGUGUGGGUCGUUGUGUUCCUCUAUAAAGAUGGGAUUCAGGAAUGUGCGAUUUUGUUGCGGUGCUUGGAAGAGCUGGCAAGAAGGUACCCUGGGACAAAGUUUGUGAAGAUAAUUUCAACGGAUUGCAUCCCUAAUUACCCAGAUAGGAACCUUCCCACUGUUUUGGUGUACAAUAACAGUGCUGUGAAGGCUACUUAUGUUGGGUUGCAUCAGUUUGGCUUGAGGAAAUGCACACCGGAAGCUGUCGCUUUGGCCCUUUGCCAGUCAGAUCCGGUGCUCAACGAUGGCCAAAGUGGGGGUGAUGCAUCAAGGCAGUCAGUCAUAGAUGGAGUACGAAAGAAGUUCAUAGAGAAGGUUGUUAAUGACCGUGAAAAUAAUGAUGAUGAUGACACCAGUGAUUAGCCUAAAUCCAUGUCCAUUUUUAUUCAGUGGUUUUGCGAAGAUUUGGUAGUAUAUGGUGUGUGACAAAAUGCUUCUCAUUUUGUUUAUCGAGUUUGCACAAUUAUGUGUGUUCUUUUAGCCAGGGAGUGCAGUGCUGCUUUGGAGAGUCUUUUAUUCUGCCAUUUCUACAGUUAGGGCCUGUGUGGUGUUCUAGCAAGGGCAGGAUUUCAACUAUGCUGUUGUUUGUAUUAUCUAUUUAUUUAUUUUCUUUUGGGUAUUUAGUGGUAUGCAAGUGGUUUAUUUGAAUGUAAAUUGACUUAAAGAUAAUUUUGAGUCUAUCAUGCUGUAAAACAAUUUACAGUUAAUUUUAACAGUUAGUAGUUUAUAUC